CGCGACGGGUUGCUCGUCACACCGCGUGCUACCUUCAACCGAGCGUCCGUGUCCGAGCAGCGCUCGCUCCGCGUCGCUAUCUCAAACAAACUUACAAACUCACUUUCCGCCGUCGGAAACCUGUUUUGUCUACAAAAACUUCUUAUUACAGCAUAACUAACACACAAUAUUCGCUCCUUACUCCUUCAAUAAAUUCCAAUAAACUUUUAAGUGAACUUUUACGCAUUUUCGUGCGGCAACUUUGAAAAACUUUAUAAAGUUUGUUUUUAAGCUGCCGAUUGGCUGCGGUGUGCAUGUGUAAGCUGUAAAGUCAUGGCUGGACGUAGUUCUCACUAAACCGGGAACACUCGUCUUUCAACUUGGGGAUUGUUUGUAAUGGUGGCUGAGCAGUAAAAAGCCUCCUAAAUGUUUAGGAGAGCCUACAAAACCCGUUACUUCCGAGUAGUGCUUAAGGCUAGGACCUGGAAACGUGUACCGAUGAAGAUCCUAAAGUGGGGCAGGAAGAUGCCGUCCACUAAGCAGUACAACCUCGUGCCUAACGACGAGUAUGACACCAGGAUCCCGCUCCAUCCUGAUGAGGCGUUCACCUACGGGAUCACUUUCCAAGCUAAGUACAUCGGGACAAUGGAUGUGCCUCGCCCUACCAGCCGAGUCGAGAUCGUCGCUGCGAUGCGACGCGUUCGUUACGAAUUCAAGGCGAGGGGUGUGAAGAAACGUAAGGUGACCGUCGAUGUGUCGACUGAUGGAGUCCGGGUAACCACCAGGACCAACAUUACCGUUGGCAAGACCAAGACGAGCACGAAGCUGUUUGGCCGUGGAAAGACUACUACCACGAUCAAGGAGGACGAGAUUAUGCAUCAUCCCAUCUACCGCAUCUUCUACGUGUCCCAUGACAGCUCCGAUUUGAAGAUCUUCUCCUACAUCGCUCGUGACGGUGCCACCAACGUCUUCAAGUGCAACGUAUUUAAGAGCAACCGAAAGAGUCAAGCGAUGAGGAUUGUUCGCACCGUGGGCCAAGCCUUCGAGGUGUGCCAUAAGAUGCAGAUCAACUCUCCGGAGCAGCCUGCUCCCUCCACCUCAUCCGCUCCUGAUGAGCCAGUAGCCAGCGGCAGCGACAUGGCUGCUUCCAAAGAACCUGCUUCGGAGUGCGGUGCCUCUGAGGGAGCUGCCUCUACCACCAAGGUGGUGAUUGAGGAGGGAGCUGUGGGAGGUCGUGAGGAGCGACCCAAGACACUGGACCUCCUGCCUCCUCCACCAAGGAAGGAGGGCAAGCGAACCCAGCGCACUACUCCGGCGCCGACCAUCAACCUGCCGGAUCUCCCUGAGUGUGUAACUAAAGUGGAAGUGGCUACUGGAGGCGAUGAAGCGGGCGAUACUGCUACGCCCUUGAGCGCGCAACACCAACUGCAACUGUUGCGCGAACGAUUGGAGCAACAAGCUCAGCAAACUCACGCCGCGGUCGCGCAACUGUUACUGCUGCGAGACCAACUGGCUGCCGAACAAGCUGCUCGCUGCGAGGCUCAGGCUCGCACCCACCAACUGCUGGUGCAUAAUAAGGAACUUCUUGAGCAUAUUGCAGCUCUGGUUGCCCACUUGCAAGAUCGCGAGCGCGGCUCCUCUCGACCAAUCAGCGCUCAGCAACUCACGCUCUUGCCCCAGUUGUCCUCGUCUGCAAAGAUAGACCGAUGGUUCUCUCUUCUGCCCGCCAACACUCCUGCGCUGUCGCGGCCUGAGAGCGGCUUCAUCUCCGGAGUGGAAGACGGGGCCGACGCAGCCACUCUCGCCGAAGCCAAGAAUCUGCUCCAGCAAUUGGGUGCUAAGAAGAAACGACGCCUCAUCCCCAUACGCUUCACUAGAAGAAAGAUCUUAGUCAAUAAACACACGUUGCUAUAAUGUUCGUCAUAAUGUGUACGCUGUUUAAAAGUUUGCUUUAAGAACGUAAUUUGAAGUCAUUUUACGGGAUCAACAAGAGUUUAAGUGCCGCCGUACCAGUACACGAGAGGACGGUCCUGGCAUACAAGGUCGGGAAAUCCUGUAAUCCGAUGACACGUUUGUCGUGUGACAACGUUCCUAAAUCGCAGCUUCAAACUCUAAUUAUUAUUUGAGUUCACGUUUUAACUCUAAUACUUACUUAAUACACGACAAUUACUUAAGAGUUUGGUACAUAUUAACAUUAUUAUUAACUUUAGUAGGUAGGUAAUUAGGGAAAGUAACCGGAGAACCGAUUUCUCCGGAGAAAAUAAGGCUUCUACGAGAACAAAUUGGAUACAAGUACUUAGAACUAAUUUAGUCACGUGAUAAUUUAUUCAUACUCGCUAAAUAAUGCUAGGUAUUACUAAUUGAUCGUAAUGAUAUUAAUUAAAAGGAAAUUAAUUAACUUUAUUAUAAUAGUUUGAACUCAUAAAGAGAUGGACGAAUCUUUUGAACAGCGUACACAUCGGUUAUAGUGCAAUUUACAUUAAUACAAUACAUACUAAGUACGUAAACAGAAAUAGUUUUAUGCCACAACAUCGACAAUGGAAUAUCAGCCUAAUGACGCUGACAAUACGAGUGCCUACUCGAUUAUAAUAUCUAGUAAAUCGAUGGUGCUGUCCCGGUGUUUGAUUUAGGCACAAUUUUUAUUGUGCAAUAAGUUCGUAAUGUAGUUUCAGUGAUCUCAACGCGAAUAAUCAUGAUUGAAAUAGGGGAAGUCAGCUCAAAGCGGCCAUAGGAGGCAAAGCGGCCACUCUUAAUUUUUCGGUUAUUUUUAAUGAUAGCGCACCGUUGCCUUUCCGUACGUAUAACCAAACCUCCCUCCCCGCGCCAGUCACUCAUUUUCAGGAAGGAGAACGAACGCGUGGUUCUAGUAACGACAAAUAUUUUUUUGUGCGUUUUGUUAAAAUAAUACGAGGUAAGUUCAACCUGUUUUGGCCAAAACUAUUUAUAUUAAAAUGCUUUUAUUGCACGUUUAACGUUACUUAUCUAUUUUGCCUUUUUUGUGUGGUAUUUGCUUCGAAAUAUAGUUAAUAAUGUGAGUGAAAAUAUAUUUUUAAAUAAAAUGGUUGAAAAAGGCAAAGCGGCCCGGGCAAAGCGGUCAACUGACCGCUUUGCCCUUACUUUCAUAUUAUCGCUGCAUAGAUAUAAUUCUUAUUUAUUUUGUUUACACCACAACAGGAAGAAGGAGAGUAUUUGUUUCAUAUGGACAACCUCUUUUUUGGCCUCACAAAGGAAGAUUUUUUGCAGCUUAAGUUUCAAUAUGCUGAAUCAAACCAUAUUCCACAUCCUUUUAAAAAUGAAACGGCUGGACACUAUUUUUAUAAAGGCUUCAUCAUGCGUCAUCCUAAUUUGACCUUGCGACAACCAGAACCCACAUCCAUAGCCAGAGCUCGAGGCUUCAACAAAUCCCAAGUAUAUCGAUUUUUAUAAAUUACUUUUAUGACUGACUGUGAUUAAAAUAGGUAAAAUGUUGUUGAUUUUUUUUUAUGUGAAUUAUAUGUGUUGAUUUUUAAUUUUGCAUUUUUAUUUUGUCAAUCACGGUAUUUUCCAAUAAAAACAAUUCAUUGCUUAAAAACUUUUGGGGUGGCCACGUUGCCCUUACCCCCGUGGCCGCUUUGGGCGACCACUCGGGCAAAGCGGUUUUAUGACAAGUUUUCGUAAUCUGCAAAUCAUAUGAUUAUUAUUCAACUUACGCAAAUUUCAAUUGGCCAUUACAAAAAUUCGAUAAAUUCUCGACUAGCUAGUAUAAAAUUCUCUUUAAAAAUCUUUCGUUCAAUGGCUUUUUUUUAAACUCAAAGUUAAGGUGGCCGCUUUGAGCUGACUUCCCCUAUAACUUUGGAGUCGGGUAGCUAGAAUUAUCUACCUAUACAACACGUAAUACCUCCGAAGGCCUUUGAAUAUGAUUCUGUAACAUCUAGUUUUGUAUUUUAUAUUCAUUCUUACUUUUUGUGAUAUUUCUCGCAAGCAGUCAGGGUGGAAUCAGCUGUUGUAAGGCCGUAUUCACACGGAACAUUAUAUUCUGAUGCCGUAGCCUCGUGUGUUGUACGAUACGAUUCGUUUUUCGUACAAGAGAUGAAGGGACACGUACGUGUAGUGUGAACGUGGUCUUUAUAUGGAAGAAUGCUACGUACCUAUAUGUAUAGACAAGUAGCAUAUAGCUCAAAAGGGACUCGUGGAAUAAGGAAGGCCAUAAAAGAAAUCAAGUGAACAGAAAAUACCACAACACGAACGAUAGUUCACAAUGCAUAGUUCCACCUUAAUUGUUAUCGUUUAGUGUCUACUUAUACUAUUUUAAUAACAAUAAAUAUAGGUGCGAUAACAUAAAAAUAUUUACUGAUCCCAGUAAAAGUGUUGAAAUUAUGAAAUUUUCAUUAUUAUAGUCGUAAUAAAGAUAUCUCUCAGAAAACUACUGCCCGUAAAAUUGAAGACUUGUUUUUUUUUGUUAUAAUUCGUUAUAGUUUUUUUUAACAUUACUUUUAAUUAUAUUGUAUAGCAGUAUUAAUAUUAAAUAAACGUAGAUAUAAUUUUAUGACCUCGAGUUAACUAACGAACAAAGCGCAUGACUGUUUUACAAAAUAACGAAAGUGUUUUUUGCAACGUGACGAUAUUGUAACUGUGCAUUUCCUAGCAUAAAUUGUUUUAAGUGAUAGUUUUAAUUAGUUUAAGUAAGUAAGUAGUUCGUACUGCAUACAGCGACCAAAUAUUUUGUGUUACAAAGUAUUGAACUCACGGUGUAUUGAACACCGAGAAGCUCCUUAGCACUAAUUUUCUCUGGGCAGUAAACAAGUAUAAGUUUCUAGGGAUACACCAAUACAUACGUUUCCACAAUGAACGUGACAAGUAAUGGAGACUGGCACAGAAGCCAAUCUGCCUAAAACAAAAAACAGUGCCAUAAUAACGAUUUCGUUUUAAUUUUCGAACGGACUACGUUCUAGGUUUAAAUUUUUAUCCGAUUAAAAUCAUUUUCAUUGCGGCCGGAUACAUUGGUUGUAAUAGCUACCAAUUAUUGUGCAAGGCUAUUUAAAAAAAGAAUACACUAUGGAAUAAAUAGAGCCGCGAACAUCCACCAUUGCGUAUUCGGUCAAUUACACGUCAAGUGUUGACAUGACGGUCUGUUUUGUUUGUCAUUUUUUUAUAUUUUUUUUUUACGUUCAUAAAACUGCCUUAGUAAUUCUUACUCAUUAUUCUUUAAAUACACUGUUUCUUACUGUAUCCAUUCCAAUGUUGUAUUUUUAAAAAAUAAUGGUACUAAUUAAUAUAUUAGUUUAAAUAGUAUAAAAUGUUGAGUGAUCGAAUGACUGAUUAUAAUUGAUAAUGUAUUGUGUUCUUUAGUUACAUCUAUUUUAUAUUUUAGAUAUACGAGUAUGUUUCAAGAUAAGUGACAUUGGAAUAUAUUUGAUUGAAAUAUAAGUUGUGUUUCUUCCUA